AUGGCAGACCAGACCUUCUCCCUCGCGAGCCGCAUCAACCUCAACAAUGGCCUGUCAAUGCCACGGAUCCAUCUGGGCGUUUACCUGAUGAACGGCAAUGAAGCCUCGAAAGCAGUUGGAUAUGCACUAGCAGCAGGCUAUAAAGCUGUGGACUCGGCACAGAUGUAUCACAAUGAGAAGCAAGUGGGGCACGCAAUACUAGACUACCUGAAGUCGCAUCCGGAUGUGAAGCGAGAGGACAUACAUUACACGACUAAGCUUGCAAGCAAUAGUGAUUACAGCACAGCAAGGAAGAGCAUCAGUCGCAGUGUGAAGGAGUGCGGUCUUGGAUACAUUGAUCUGUUCUUGCUGCAUAGUCCAUAUGGUGGGAAGCAAGCCAGGCUGGACAGUUGGCGAGCUGUUGAGGAUGCGAUUCAGGAUGGCGAAGUCAAGAUCGGUGGUGUAUCGAAUUAUGGCGAAAAGCAUCUUGAGGAGCUGCUCAACAGCAGACCACGCAUCAAGCCCGCUGUGAACCAGAUCGAAGUCCAUCCGUUCAACACCCGGUCAAACCUCACAUCAUACUGUCAGAGCCACGAUAUAGUAGUGGAAGCAUAUGCUCCGCUUGCACGAGCGCUACGUAUGAAGCACCCUAGCAUUGUUCCGCUUGCAAAGAAGUACUCGUGUACCCCUGGUCAGCUCAUGGUGAGGUGGAGCCUACAGCACGGUUAUGUGCCUCUGCCGAAGAGUGUACGCAAGGAGCGUAUUGAGGAGAACUCGCAGGUUGGUGGCUUCGCGAUUGACCAGGGGGAUAUGAAGGCUAUGGAUGGCUUGGAUGAGUAUUUAGUCACCGAUUGGGAUCCGACAGACACGAAUUAG